GCCACAGGAAUUGGAGGUGUACAGAGUGGCAGCGAGAUAAACCAAUUAAGUGGUUCGGGAAGCACCCUUUUUCCUCCCAGUCCUUGUCUCGUCCCAUGAAGGCAUAACUAGAGGUUUCUGGUCUAUGCGUACGGAGAUUUUUGUUUCAUGAUUUGGCGCUUUGCUCUUUUCUAUGCGCGACAGUAGCUAGCAUACAUUUAACUAAAUUGAAGGUUUUGCAGAAAGAACGUGGGAACGAGAGGCGACAGAGACAAAGACUGAAGAAAGAUGGUAGGGAGUACGGUUGGAAUGAGGAAGGGUGUGGCCUUUUACUCUAAUUUGCAUAAAACGGAACCCAUCUCGGCAACGCCCAACUUCUCCCAAGUAUUGGUGGUCCCUGGGAUGACUCGCCUCUCUACAGGGAGGAGCAUGCUGGGAAUUGUAGUUCCGGGUUCGGUUGCUAUGGCGCUCGUCACAGCCUCCCCCAGAUCGGUCAUCCUGCGGUAGUGACGGGCAGUCCGACCAAUGGCAGUACUGUUUGGACCUACGAAGGCGGGCUCUCUGCAGAAGGACUGGGAAGGUGGCGGCGGCGAAGGCGCUGGCGGUUGAGGUUGCUCCAAGCCAGGUAACUAUGAAAGGCUUGUAUUUUCAACAGAGUUCUACAAAUGAAGAAGUAACAUUUGUAUUUCAAGAAAAGGAAAAUGUCUCUGUCACAGAGGAUAACUUUGUGAGAGUGCAAGUUAAAGCCUGUGCCCUGAGCCACAUAAACACAAAGCUUCUGGCAGAGAUGAAGAUGGAAAAGGAAUUCUUCCCUGUUGGGAGAGAAGUCGCUGGGAUUGUAUUAGAUGUUCAUAAGCCAGAAAAGGUGCCAUGGACGGAAGCCGCUGGAGUCAUCCGGGAUGGAGUCCGAGCCUACACAGCCCUCUAUUACCUUUCUCAGCUCUCUCCCGGGAAGUCCGUGCUGAUCAUGGAUGGGGCAAGUGCAUUUGGCACAAUAGCCAUUCAGUUAGCACACCACAGAGGAGCCAAGGUGAUCUCAACAGCACACAGCCUGGAGGACAAGCAACAUCUUGAAAGGCUUAGGCCUUCUCUAGCCCGAGUGAUUGAUGUGUCUAGUGGGAAAGUCCAUGUUGCUGAAAGGUGCUUGGAAGAAACAGGUGGCCUGGGAGUAGAUAUUGUCAUAGAUGCAGGAGUGAGAUUAUAUAGUAAAGAUGAUGAACCAGCUGUAAAACAACAACUACCACAUAAGCAUGACAUCAUCACACUUCUCAGUGUUGGAGGCCAUUGGAUAACGACAGAAGAAAACCUUCAGGUAUUAUCAGAAAUAGCCAAGCCUUGCUAUCACACCAAGGGGAUGUCGGUAGCACAAAACAGCUUGGAUCCUCCAGAUAGCCAUUGCCUUUUCCUCAAGGGAGCAACAGUGGCUUUCCUUAAUGAUGAAGUUUGGAAUUUGUCAAAUGCACAACAGGGAAAAUAUCUUUGCAUCUUAAAAGACGUGAUGGAGAAGCUAUCAGCUGGUGUGUUCAGACCUCUGCUUGAUGAACCCAUUCCACUGUAUGAGGCCAAAGUUUCCAUGGAAGUUGUUCAGAAAAGUCAAGAAAGAAAAAAGCAAGUUGUUCAAUUUUAAUUUUCUUUCCCAGACCUCAGUUGGAUGCACCCACAUCAGUGUAUGAAGCCAGUUUUCUUUGGAAAUUGUUGAAAAAAAUCAAGGAAGAUAAAACAAGAUUUUCUAUAUUUAAGCCUGUUUUCCUGCCACAAUAUGAUGUUUGGUUAUUUGACACAUUUGAAAAAUACUUGCAAAAUUAAUGUGCAAACAAUCCAAAUAAUUUUUAACACCUGAAGGGGACAUUCCAAAAACAUUUUGUUGUUGUAUCUAUACACUUUGCCUCUGCUAUAAAGUUCUUUCCAUUAAGAAAACUGCUUUCAGCAAAAGCCACACUAUUCUAUCACUACAUCUAUCACAAGCUUUUGCUGUACGUUAAUAUGUAAUUUGAUUUCGUAUCAACUUCAUUCUCAACACCCUCCUCAACAAACCUUUGAUGCCAUUAUUUUAGCAUUUGAGUGUAUUUUCCGACUUCAAAAUAUCUAAUCCAUUGGCAUUUAAAAUCUGUUUUUAAAUAUUCA